ACAGUAUGAGCCGGGAGGCUAUGCCACGCUGCAGACUUCAAGCUCAUCGGCAACAUCCAUGAACCGCAACACCGGCAACAUGACGCAGCGCGACGGGAUCAUCAAGUUCGAGAACGAGCGGAUCAAGACGCUGCAGGAGGAGCGACUGCACAUCCAGAAGAAGACGUUCACAAAAUGGAUGAACUCCUUUUUGAUCAAGGCCAAAAUGGAGGUGGAGGAUCUAUUCACAGAUCUGGCCGAUGGCAUAAAGCUGCUCAAGCUGCUGGAGAUCAUAUCGUCGGAGAAACUGGGAAAGCCGAAUAGCGGACGGAUGCGCGUACAUAAAAUUGAAAAUGUCAACAAGAGUCUGGCAUUCUUGCACACAAAGGUACGCCUGGAGUCCAUUGGUGCCGAGGACAUUGUCGACGGUAAUCCCAGAUUGAUUUUGGGUCUCAUUUGGACCAUCAUUUUGCGAUUUCAAAUACAGGAAAUUGAGAUUGAUGUUGACGAGGAAAACGAGUCCAGCGAGAAGCGUUCGGCCAAGGAUGCCCUCCUGUUGUGGUGCCAAAGGAAGACGCACGGCUAUGCGGGUGUCAAUAUCACGGACUUCACCUCCUCAUGGCGUUCCGGCCUGGGCUUCAAUGCGCUCAUCCAUUCGCAUCGUCCGGAUCUGUUCGAGUACAACACGAUUGUCAAUUCGAAGAACUCCAAUUUGGAUAAUCUGAAUCAUGCCUUCGAUACGGCGGCCAACGAAUUGGGCAUACCAAGUUUGCUCGAUGCAGAGGACAUUGACUCGGCCCGACCCGAUGAGAAAUCGAUCUUGACCUAUGUGGCCUCCUACUAUCACACCUUUGCACGCAUGAAGAACGAACAGAAGAGCGGCAAGCGUAUAGCAAACAUCGUUGGCCAACUGAUGGACGCCGAUCGCAAGAAGAUACACUACGAACGCCUGACCACAAAUCUCCUGAGUUGGAUCCGCCAGAAGACCCUGGAGCUGGAGCAGCGCAACCUGCCCAACUCCCUGGAGGGCAUACAGCGUGAACUGAUGGCCUUUAAGGAGUAUCGCACCAUUGAGAAGCCACCAAAAUACAAAGAGCGCAGCGAGAUCGAGGCCUUGUACUUCACCAUCAACACUCUGUUGAAGGCGCUGAAUCAGCCGCCGUACAAUCCGCACGAUGGAGUGAUGGUCAAUGACAUCGAGAAGGCCUGGCAGAUCCUCGAGUAUGCCGAACACAACCGCGAAGUGGCGCUGCGCGAGGAGCUGCUGCGGCAGGAGAAGCUCGAGCAGUUGAACUACAAAUUCGAGAAGAAGUCGGUGCUGCGCGAGGGCUACCUCAAGGAGAUGAUCCAGGUGCUGUCCGAUCCGCGGUAUCUGCGUCAGGUGGAUGCCACACUGAAGAAGCACGAGGCCAUCUCGGCGGACAUACUGGCGCGCGUGGAGCGCUUCAACGAUCUGACGGCCAUGGCUAACGAAUUGGAGAAGGAGAACUAUCACGGCAAGGAGCGGGUGAAGAAACGCGAGCAGGAGGUGAUGGAAAAGUGGCGAAAGCUGCUGGAACUGCUGGAGAACCAGCGUCUCAACCUCUCGCAGAUGAGCAACCUGAUGAAUCUGCUGCGUGAAAUCGCCAGCACCACGGAGUCCGUAAGGGAGCUGCAGCAGCAGUUCGCCUCGGAGGAUGUGGGCCCGCAUCUACUGGGCGUCGAGGAGCUGCUGCAGGCGCACUCGCUGCAGGAACUCCAGGUGAACACGUACGGGGAGACGCUGAAGCGCUUCAAUCGCCAGGCGGUGCCCUACAAGAGCUCCGAACACAAGGAUGCCGCUGUGCUGGCCCAGCGCCUCGGCGAGCUGGAGGAGGCGUACUCGGAGCUGAUCAGGCGCUCGGCCGAUCGGCGGGCACGCCUGGAGGAGGCACGCAACUUCCACCACUUCAUGGAGGACUACGACAACGAGGAGAGCUGGCUGGUGGACAAGCAGCGCAUCUGCAAGACGGGCAUCACAGCCAAGGACCUGCGGGCCGUGCUGUCCCUCCAGCAGAAGCACAAGGCGCUCGAGGAUGAGAUCAAGUCGCGGAAGCCCAAGUCUUCGCAGAUGUCGGACGCCGGCAAGCGACUGAUCGGAGAGAAGCAUCCGCGUUCCAGCGAGAUUAAGAGCCGCAUUGAUUCCCUGGCGGAGCACUGGCAGGCCCUGGAGGCCCUGGUGGAGGUGCGACGCCGCCAGCUGGAGGAUGCGGCCGAGGCCUACCAGUUCUACACGGAUGCCAACGAGGCAGAGUCCUGGCUGAACGAGAAGAUGGCCUUGGUCAACAGCAAGGACUACGGCAACGAUGAGCCCUCCGCCCAAGCGCUGCUCCAGCGACAUCGCGACCUCCAGGGGGAGCUGAAUGCCUACUCCGGGGACAUCCUGAACCUCAAUCAGCAGGCGGACAAACUGAUCAAAGCCGGCAUCUGCACCCUGGAGCUGACGGCUGCAGAGCCAGAGCUGCCCGACGUCGAGCAGGAGGAGUGGAUCAAUGAGACGCGCCUCGUGCCCAAGGAGGUGUGGGAGGACGAGUGGGUGGAGAAGUUGGAGCACAAGAAAGUCACGGAGACAAAGAUGCUGCCGCACGUGCGCUCGCAGUUCCCCUUCGAGGGACAGGGCAUGAAGAUGGAGAAGGGCGAGGUGAUGCUCCUGAAGUCGAAGACCAACGACGACUGGUGGUGCGUGCGCAAGGACAACGGUGUCGAGGGCUUCGUCCCAGCAAACUAUGUGCGCGAGAUCGAGCCCCGCCCGGUGGCCUGCAUUGUGCCCAAGGCUGAGAAGGUCAAGUCCCUGCAGAAGGUCAAGAAAACCAUUCUGGUGCGCCAAGUGGUGCCCGUGAAGAGGAUCAAGCCGGUGAGUGUCGCCCCCAAGCCACUCGUUCAGCGCCGCACCUCUACGCAGAGCAUCAACGAGAAUGCGGACAGCGUGGAGAAGCGCCAGCAGAGGAUCAACGCCACCUACGACGAGCUGCAGGAGAUGGCCCAGAAGAGGCAUGCCCUCCUCGAGGAUUCCAUCCAUCUGUUUGGCUUCUAUCGCGAGUGCGAUGAUUUCGAGAAGUGGAUGAAGGAGAAGGAGCGUAUGAUCAAGUCGGACGACGGGGAAGGCGUGGACAAUGCCAAGCGGAAGUUUGAGAAGUUCAUCACGGACCUCUCGGCCGCCUCGAAGCGCGUGGAGGAGAUCGACGGGGCAGUGGACACCUUCCGCCGGCAGGGCCACUCGCAGCUGGACAAGAUCAUUGCCCGCCAGCGCCAGAUCCAUCAGAUCUGGCAGCGUCUCAACAAUGCCAAGGCCCAGCGCGAGAAGAGCCUGGAGGGAGCGUCCAGUGUGGAGCUCUUCAAUCGCACCUGCGACGAGGCCAAGGUCUGGAUGAGCGAGAAGAUGCUCCAGCUGGACACGGCUGUCAUUACACCCGAUCUGCGCACCGUUCAGGCCCUGCAGCGUCGCCACCAGAACCUCGAGCGAGAGCUGGCGCCAGUGGAGGACAAGGUUAAUCGCGUCACGUAUCUGGGUAACUCGGUAAAGAAUGCCUAUCCCGCGGAGCGUGACAAUGUCAACGGGCGCCAGCAGGAGGUCCAGGACAUGUGGCAACAGGUGCAGCAACGCGGCAACGACCUGCGCAACCGCAUCGAGAGCGAGGUCGGCCAACAGAUAUUCAACAACAGCGCCAAGACCCUCCUGGCAUGGAUCGAUUCUGUGAAGGAUCAACUGAAUGCCGACGAAUCGGCACGCGAUGUGGAGACGGCCAACAAUCUGCUGAAGAAACACAACGACCUGGGCGACGACAUCCGGGCCCACGACACGGAGUUUAUCGAGGUCAUUCAAUUGGGCAAGCAGCUCUCCGAUGGCAAGCCCGACAUGGCCGAAACUGUGGCUCUGAUUGAGCGGCUGAAGGCCGAGCAGGAUGCCAUCCACAGGGGCUGGGCGGAGAAGCAAAAGUGGCUGCUGCAGUGCGUCGAGCUGCAAAUGUUCAAUCGCGAGGCGGACAAAAUUGAUGCCACCACCAAGAGCCAUGAGGCCUUUUUGGAGUACAACAAUUUGGGGGCAUCUCUCGACGAAGUCGAGGCCAUACUGAAGCGUCAUUUGGACUUUGAAAAGAGCCUAAUGGCCCAGGACAAGAUCCUCAAGGGCUUUAGCGACAAUGCAGACAAGUUGAUUGCCAAUGAUCACUAUGAUGCCAAGUACAUCGGCGACCGACGCAAUCAAGUGCUGGGCAAACGAAAGGCCGUCAAGGAUCGGGCAUUCGAGCGAAAGCGUCUGCUGCAGGCCUCCAAGGACUACAACAAAUUCGCCGCCGAGGCUGACGACUUGAAGGUGUGGCUGCAGGACAAGACGAAGAUUGCAGGCGAUGAGAACUACCGGGAUCUGAGCAACCUGCCCAGGAAGCUGCAGAAGCACAAGGCCUUCGAGCGGGAGCUGCGCGCCAACGAGGGGCAGCUGCGGAACAUCAACAAGGAUGGGGAGGAUCUCAUUCAAGCGGGCAAUCGUGUGCCAGAGGUGGAGUUCCGUGUGGCGGACCUGAACAAGAAGUGGAAGGAUCUGCUGGCGCUGUCCGAGGACAAGGGCCGGAAGCUGGAGCAAGCCGCCUCGCAGCGAGAGCACAAUCGCGCCCUCGAGGAUGCCAAGAAGAAGGUGGACGAACUGGAUUCCGCACUCAAGAGCAAGGAUGUGGGCAAUGAUCUGCGCAGCUGCAAGGAUCUGAUCAACAAGCAGCAGAUCCUCGAGUCGGAGAUCACCAUCUGGGACCAAAAGGUGGCCGAACUUGUGUCCACGGGCGACGACAUGGCCCACGAAGGCCACUUCAAUGCCAAGAACAUCGAGGAUGAAACCAAGGAGCUGCAGCAGCGGUUCAAGGACCUGCGGGAUCCCACGCAGAAGCGCCGGGACAAGCUGGAGGAGAGCCUGAACUUCCACAAAUUCGUAUUCGAGCUGGAUGCAGAGUUCCAGUGGAUCAAUGACCAUCUGCCUGCCGCCAAGUCAAAUGAGCUCGGCCAGAACCUCCACCAGACGCAGUCGCUGUACAAGAAACACAAGAAACUUGAGGCCGAGAUCAAGGGGCACCAGUCGAUGAUCAACAAGGCGCUGCAGGCGGGCCAGACACUGGUUGCCCAGCAGCAUCCGGAGAGCGAGAAUGUGGCGGCGCUGUGCAAGCAGCUGGAGGCCGCCUGGCAGGACCUGGAGCUCCACUGCAAUGAGCGGUCCCGCAAGCUGGACAUGUCCCUGAAGGCCCAGCAAUAUCUGUUCGAUGCCGGGGAGAUCGAGUCCUGGUUGGGUGAGCGCAACAAUGCCCUGCGAUCCACGGAAUACGGCCGUGAUCGCGACUCUGCGGCCAAGUUGCUCACCAAACACAAGACGAUCGAACUGGAGUUGGACACCUAUUCGGGCAUCGUCACCGAAAUGGGCCACAGCUGCGCCGCAAUGGUGGCUGCCAAUCACCCGGACAGCAAAGUGCUCACCGCCAAGCAGCAGCUGAUCGAGAAGAUGCUCAAGUCGCUGCACAAGCUGGCCUCCCAGCGGCAGGGACGGCUCAUGGAGAGCCUCAACAAGCACGAGUACUUCCUGGAGUCGGACGAGGUGGAGCAAUGGAUACGAGAGCAAGAGCAGACAGCCUCCUCGGAGGACUACGGCCAGGACUUUGAGCACUUGCAGCUGCUGCAGAACAAGUUCGACGAUCUGAAGCACCGCGUGGAGGUGGGAGCCGAUCGUGUAGAUCAGAGCGAGCUGCAGGCCAAGAAGCUCAUCGACACGGAGAGUCCCUACGCCAACGAAGUGGAGAAGCGACAGGAGCGGCUACGGACAUCGUGGGAGAAUCUGCUGCAGCUGCUGAACCAGCGCGAGCAGAAGCUGCAUGCCGCCGGGGAGAUCCAUCGCUUCCAUCGCGACGUGGCGGAGGCCCUGUUCCGCAUUCAGGACAAGAAUGCCGCCCUCUCGAACGAGCUUGGCAAGGAUCUGAACUCUGCCUUGGCAUUGCUGAGGAAACACGAGGGUUUCGAGAACGAUUUGGUGGCCCUGGAGGCACAACUGCAAGUCCUAGUCGAGGACUCGGUGCGUCUGCAGGCCAAGUAUCCCUCGAAUGCUGUGGCCAUCGCCCAGCAGCAGGACAAAGUGGUGGCUGCCUGGAAUGACCUGAAGGAACGUUCAACCGCACGCGGGGAUCGCCUGGCGGCCAGCUCCGAUCUGCAGACAUUCCUCACGGACGUCAGGGACAUUGUUUCAUGGUCCUCCAACCUGCGGGCGGCCCUCCAGGCGGAGGAGCACGUCAGCGAUGCUGCCGGAGCCACUGCCCUGAAGAUCCAACACGAUGCCAUUUACGGCGAGAUCGAGGCCCGAGAGGACAAGUUCCGGUAUCUGAACGAGUUGAGCGAUUCGAUGGUGCAGACGGGACACUAUGCCGCCGCCGAUGUGGAGGAGAAGUGCGCCGCCAUGCUGGACGAGCGACAGAAGCUGCACGCCGCCUGGAACAAGAAGAAGAUCAUGCUGGAGCAGAAGAUCGAUCUGUUCUGCUUCCUGCGCGACGCGAAGCAGAUUGAUAAUCUGUCCAGCAGCCAGCAGGCGGCCCUCAGCAGCUCCGACUUCGGCCAGACGGUGGAGGAUGUGCAGAACCAGAUCAAGAAGCACGACGAGUUCGAGCGACUCAUCCAGACACAGGAGGAGAAGGUGGCCCUGCUGCAGGAGCACGGAAGGAAACUGAUCGAGCAGCGGCACUACGACAGCGCCAACAUCCAGACGAUACUCCAGGGAGUGCUCGCCCGCCGCCAGAAGGUCAAGGAUCUGUGCGCCGUACGCCGAUACAAGCUGGAGGAUGCCCUGCUCUAUGCCAAGUUCGUGAGGGAUUGCGCCGAAGCGGAGUCCUGGAUCAGCGAGAAGCAAAAGAAACUGGAGGCAGAUGCCGCCAACUACGCGGAGGUCACGAACCUCGACGAGAAGAUCAAGAAACUGCAGAAGCACCAGGCCUUCCAGGCCGAAGUGGCCGCCAAUCAGGGCCGCAUCAAGGAGAUCCAGGACACGGGCGUCAUUCUCUUGAGCAAACAGCACGAAUCGUCGCCGGAGAUCAGACUGGCCAUCGAGAGGGUCCUGAAUGCCUGGCAGGGACUCCUCGCGGAGUUGGAUCAAUGCGGCCGCGGGCUGGAGGAGGCACAGGACAUCCUCGAAUUCAACAACCAGCUGGACAAGAUCGAGGCCUGGAUCAGGGACAAGGAAAUGAUGGUGCAGGCCAGCGACACGGGCAGGGAUCUGGAGCAUUGCAAUGCUCUGAUGCGGAAGCUCGACGACGUCGACUCGGACAUGCGAGUGGACGACCAGCGGGUGAAGCACAUCAACCAGCUGGCGGACAAGCUGAUCAAUCAGGCCCAGCUGCCAGAGGACACGCAGAGCGUGGACAAGCGACGACGCGACUUCAACCACAAUUGGCGGCAGCUCCAAGGGGCCCUGAAUGCCUAUCGUGCACUUCUUGGCGGAGCCAACGAGAUCCAUGUGUUCAAUCGCGAUGUGGACGACACGGCGGAGCGCAUUGCGGAGAAGUCGCUGGCCAUGAGCUCGGCGGACACCGGAAGAGACCUGGCUGCCGUCGAGGCCCUGAUUCGCCGAGAGGAGGCCCUGGAGAGGGACAUGUCUGCCGUCAAGCAGAAGAUCGAUCAGCACGAGACGGCAGCGCAGUUCCUCAUCGGAAAGUAUCCCGAAAGAGGCGCCCAGCACAUCGAGCGGAAGCUGGAGGAGCUCCACAAGUCGUGGGCCAAUCUGCAGAGCCUUUCGGUGCGACGACAGAGUGUCCUGAACGAGGCCUACCUCGUGCACAAGUUCGUGUCGGACGUGCGCGAGCUGGAGCUGUGGGUCAACGACAUGGUCAAGAAGAUGAACAACGCCCAGGCCCCGUCGACCAUCAACGACUGCGAGACGCAGCUGGAGCUGCACCAAGAGCGCAAGGUGGAGAUCGAGGGCAGGGAUCAGGCCUUUGUGGGCCUCAAGCAGCACGGCGAACAGUUGUCCGGGAAGCAGAAGCCAUCCGAGAACGUCAAGAAGUAUCUGCUGGUGCUGGAGGAGCUGCACCAGACGCUGCACGAGGCAUGGAGCGAGAGGGCCAGGGACCUGACGGAGGCCCACCAGCUGCAGCUGUUCAAGGCGCAGGUCGAGCAAGUGGAGAUGUGGCUGGCCAACAAAGAGGCCUUCCUCAACAACGACGACCUGGGCGACUCGUACACGGCGGUGGAGCGUCUCCUCAAGAAGCACGAUGCCUUCGAGAAGCUACUGAACGCGGACCACGUCGAUACCCUGCAGAAGUUCGCCCAAAGCAUACUCGAAGGCGAUCCGAAAGACGGGGACCUGAUCAGGGAAAAGCUCGCCUACAUCCUGCGGCGCAAGCAGAAGCUGCUGGAUCUGUCGGAGGAGCGAAAGCAGCGACUUCUGCAGUCCCUGCAGCUGCAGGAGUUCCUGCGGAGUCUCUACGAGAUCGACCGCUGGCUGGUCCAGAAGCUCCAGGGGGCGCUGGACGAGAACUACCGCGAGCCGAGCAAUCUGCAGUCCAAGAUCCAGAAGCACUCCACCUUCGAUGCGGAGUUGCUGAGCAACAGUCCGCGCGUGCAGUCGGUAAUCAGCGAGGGAGAGCGCCUCAUCAAGGGCGAGCACUUUGCCAAGGACGAGAUUGCGCAGCAAGUGCAGCUCCUGGAGGGCGACUGGCUCAAGCUGAAGGCCGCCUCGCAGGCCAAGAAGGAGAAGCUGCAGCAGGCCCACGAGGCCUUGGCCUUCAACCGAAGCGUCGACGAAUUCAACAACUGGAUGGACGAUGUGGAGCUGCAGCUCUCGAGCGAGGACUAUGGCAAGGAUCUGGCCACCGUCAGCAAUCUGCUGAAGAAGCACGAACGCCUCGAGGCCGAUGUGGCGCACCACAACGAUCUGGCGGAUCAGCUGAAGCUCAAGGACGAGCGCUUCUUCCAGGCGGAUCACUUCCUCAAGCACGAAAUCCACGAACGGGCAAUGGCCAGCAUCAAGAGGUACAACACGCUGCACGAACCGAUUGCGAUUCGCCGGGAGAACCUCGAAGACUCUCUGAGUCUGCAGCAGUUCCUGCGCGAUGCCGAGGACGAGCUCCAGUGGCUGGCCGAGAAGCAGCUGGUGGCUGGGUCCCAGGACCUCGGCAGCAGUCUGCUCGCCGUGCAGGGACUCCAGAAGAAACACAACGCCCUGGAGGCGGAGCUCACCUCGCAGGAGCCGCUGAUUCAGGCGCUCCUGCAGCGCGGACAGCAGAUGAUACGCGACAAUCACUUCGCCAGCGAGGAGCUGCAGUACAAGUCGGAGCUGCUGCAGAAGCAGCUCCUCCAGCUGCGCGACCUGGCGGCCAUUCGCCGCCUCAGACUCCUCGACGCCGUCGAGAGCCAGCUGUUCUAUGUGGAGGCCAACGAGGCGGACGCCUGGAUGCGGGAGAAGCGACCGAUUCUGACCAGCAGCGACUACGGACGCGAUGAGAUCUCUGUGCAGGGACACCAGAAGAAACUGGAGGUCCUGCAGCGAGAGCUCACCUCGUUCCGUCCCUCCAUCGACAAGGUGAACAAACUGGCCACGGGAUUGGUGGAGCGCAAUCACUUUGACAGCGCCAACAUCCAGGAGAAGAACGGCCAGGUGGAGCAGCAGUACGGGGACCUCCUGCGUCUCGCCAAGGAGCGCGAACUGCGUCUCGGCGAGUGCAAGAAACUCUUCGAGUACCUGCGCGAAACGGAGGAGCUGCACGAGUGGGUGGGCGACCAGAUGGCCGUCACGGCCAGCGAGGACUACGGCGAGGACGUGGAGCACGUCGAGCAGCUGAUGCUGGCCUUCGAGUCCUUUGUGUCGAACCUGAACGCGAACGAGGCUCGUGUGGAGGCCUGCCUGGACCGCGGCGACCGCCUCAUCCAGGAGAACAAUCCCUACCGCAACUCCAUCAAGUCGAAGCGCGACGAAACGAAGCAGCUGUGGGACGAGCUCAAGGAUCUGGUGAAUGCCCGCCAGGAUGCGCUGGCCGGGGCCAAGCAGGUGCACGUCUACGACCGCGUGGCCGAUGAGACCAUCACUCUGAUCCAGGAGAAGGACGCCUCGCUCAUUUCCGAGGACUAUGGCCAGGAUCUGGAGAGCAUCCAGGCGCUGGGACGUAAGCAUCUGGUGUUCGAAUCGGAGCUUGUGGGCAUCCAGGGCCAGGUCGAGUCCGUGCUGGCAGAGGCCGUGAAACUCGGCGAGAUCUAUCCGGACGCCAGGGAGCACAUCGAGGUGAAGCGGGACGAGACGGUGGAGGCCUGGACGGACCUCAAGGAUAAGACGACGGCCAGGAAGAGCAAACUCUCGCAGGCGGAGCAGCUGCAGUCGUACUUCGACGAGUACCGCGAUCUGAUCGCCUGGAUCAACGAGAUGCUGGCCAAGAUCACGGCCCCCGACCUAGCGAACAGUGUGGCCGGAGCGGAGCUGCUUUUGGCCAGCACCAAGGACCACGACGCGGAGAUCUGUGCCCGCGACGAGACCUUUGCCAACUUCGCGUCCAACGGACAGCAGCUGAUCAAGGAGAAGCACUUCCUCGCGAACGAGGUGGAGGAUAAGAUCAAGGUGCUGCACUCGCGGCACGAGCUGCUGAAGCUGACACUCCGCCAGAGGCGGGACAUCUACGAGCUGAACCUGGACACGCAGCUGUUCCUCAAGGAUGCGGAGAUCCUCGAGCAAUGGAUCAGCAGUCGGGAGCCGCAGCUGAAGGAUGCCAAGCUCGGGGACUCGAUACCCCAGGUGGAGGAUCUGCUGCGACGCCACGAGGACUUUGAGAAGACAGUGGCCGCCCAGGAGGAGAAGUUCCAGGCCAUCAAGCGGAUCACGCUGCUGGAGCAGCUGUUCCGCAAGCAGCUGGAGCAGGAGAAGAUCUCCAAGCGGCAGGAGAAGGAGCGCCAGGAGAAGGAACGCCUCGAGCAGCUCAAGCAGCGGGAACUGCAGCGCCUCGCGGACGAGCGCAGACGCGCCGAGAAGCAGCAGGAGCAUCGCCCACAGCAGGAGAAGACACCCAUCUUCUCCUCGCCGAUGGUCACGAUAUCCGGCACAGCCGCAGGCGCAGGAGCAGCCAGUGGCCCCCAUUCGCCGGCCGUCAGCCAGGCCACACUGCGCCCCACCUUCGGGGACGAGAACGAGCACAUGGCCCUGCAGAAGAGCAGCUCCAGCGGCAUGUUCGGGGAUCGGCUGCGACGCGGCUCCGCGGAUGCCAAUGUGAAGCGAGCGGAGAGCAUGAAGGUGCAGCCGAAGCAGCCCAAGCGCACGCCCUCGUUCACCACGCGUCGACGCGCGCAGUCCUUCCGCAAGAACCAGAAGGGCGAGGGCUUCGACCUGCCGCCCGUCGAGAUCCAAGGGAUGCUGGAGCGCAAACACGGGCUGCAAUCGGGCGGCAAGAAGGCGCCCGUUCGCUCCUGGAAGCAGUUCCACACGGUGCUCUGCGGCCAGCUGGUGUGCUUCUUCAAGGACGAGAACGAUUUCCUGCAGCAGAAGACGGCCACGGCUCCAGUGAAUAUCCUGGGAGCCAAAUGCGAGCGAGCCGAUGACUACACAAAGAAGAAGUACGUGUUCCGGCUGAGGCUGCCCGACGGCUCGGAGUUCCUCUUCGAGGCGCCAUCGCUGGACAUCCUGAACGAUUGGGUACGCAAGAUAUCCUUCCACGCUAGUCUGCCGCCAAAUCUACAGCUCCUGAGCUACGACGAGUCUAUGAAGCAACAAUCGAGCAGCUCGCCGGACAUUAAGGUUAGCAGCAGCGUGGAGUCGCCCGUGAGUUCGAGGAACUCCUCGCCGGACUCGCAGCGUCGUGCCAGCAGUGGACAGACGCUGGAUGUCACGGCCACACCGCAGAUGGCCUUCCUGCAGCGACAGAUGCAGCAACAGCAGCAGCAGCAAUCGCAGCCCAGCUCCCCCACUUCCCCCACAGCCGGAGGCUUCGAUCAGAAGCCGCCAAUUCCGCCGCGUGGCGCACCGCCAGUGGCCAGCAAUCGCCAGAGCCAGGAGAAUCUAGUGGUCCUGCGCAAUCGCCAAAGUUCGAGCAAUGAUCUAACCGAUGGACGCUCUGCCACCUUACCCGCCGGAAUGACUGGAGUCCAGCAGCAGCAGAACGGCAGCACCAAGGACGACAGCACUGGGCUGCAGCGCAACAGCGAGGCCAGACAAUCGGAUAAUCCGCCGCCAUUGCCAACCACGAUGCCACCCGUUGGGGGCCAUGGCCAUGGCCACCAUCAUCAGCAUCAGCAUCCCCAACAUCCCCAGCAUCAGCAUCAGGCCCAGGUGCAGCAGCGCAUCAAUGCCUUCAAUGCUGCGGCCAGCAGCAACCAGCAGCAGCCGGACUUCUACAGCAACAAUCUGACGAGACAGCAGCAGCACCAUCACAUGUCGCCGCAGAGGGUGCCCUCGUUGGGCACGGGACGGAUCGACUCGACGCGCAAGUUCAUCGAAAUGGAGGCGGCACAGCAGCAGCAGCAGCAGUCGCCCAAUGGGAGCCCCGCCAAGCGCACCGUCAGCUACUCGAACUCCAGCAGCGGUGCGAGCAGCAAUGGCAAUGGUAAUGUGAAGUCCACUACGACUACGGCCACGACCACUGUCAGUAGUAGCACAUCCACCUCCACGAGCAGUCGCACGGUGUGGCAUCUAACGAGCUCUUCGCCCACCUCAUCGACCAAAUCGAAAUCAUCAGCCUCUGGGGAGCCGGCAUCAUCGUCAUCAUCAUCCAACAACAACAACAUCAGCAACGCCAUCAGUAAUCCAAGCUAUAUGGGUCUGCAUCUCCAGAAUAACAAUAACGAAUCAAGUGGAUAUGGAUUUGGUGGUUGGGGCACUACACGCUUUGAGAGCAACAGGCCCGUAUCCUUGCAGCCGGACUCCAUUAGCUUCUCCCGUGUGUCCGCCGAGAGCUCCAGCGAGAGCGAGGCGCAGUCCAUAUCCUCAGUGUCUGGGGUGAAGGGCAGCAGCGGCGGCAGCAGUAAGGGGACUAAAGAAGAGCGUCGCAGUGGCAUGUUCCGCAUCUUUGGCCGCAAGGGCGACAAGGAGAAGGAAAAGGAUAAGCGGCGAUCCAGUCAAGUGCCGCCACAGUGAAAGGGGCAAAGGCAAAUCGAGCGGAGGCAAAGCAUUACAAACUAAUCAAAACAGACCGAAUUGUUUUUGUAUUUUUUUUAUAUAAAGAUAAAUAUAUAUACCCCAUAAUAA